AUGGCAGGAGAUAAUGAAAAUAUUCUAGAUGAGUGGUGUUUAAUAGAGAGUAAUCCAUGUAUAUUUUAUGAUAUGCUUAAACGUAUGGGUGCUAGCAAAAUAUCAGUAGAAGAUGUAUAUAGUUUAUCUUAUUUUGAUGAUUAUAUAAAUAAUAAAGAGAAUAUACAUAUGAAUCAUAUAUUGGGUGUUGAUAAAUAUAUGGGAGAAAAAAAUAAAACAUUAGAUAAAGAGAAUAAAGAAAAUAAUGUUGUUGAUAAUGUAGUGGACUUAUAUAAGAAUGAUAUAUGUAUUGAAGAUAAAUAUAAUAAAUUAUUAAAACAUCAUAGUUAUAUUUAUGGUAUUAUAUUUUUAUUUAAUAUUGGAAAGAAUUAUAAAAGAAAUAAAUAUAUUGAACAUAACGUUCCUGAUAAUUUAUUUUUUGCCAAACAAGUUAUUCCAAAUGCAUGUGCUACACAAGCUAUUUUAUCUAUUGUCUUGAAUAAAGAUAUAGAAUUAAAUGAUGAAAUAAAAAAUAUAAAAACAUUCAGUUUGAAUUUUGAUAGUUCAAUGAAAGGAUUGACUUUAUCAAAUUGUACUUUUCUUCGUAAUAUACAUAAUUCAUAUAAACCUCCAAUUUAUUUAGAUAAAGACGAUAUGCAUCAUGAUAAAAAAAAAAGUGAAGACGCCUUUCAUUUUGUUUCUUAUAUUAAUUUUGAAGAUAAAGUAUAUUUAUUGGAUGGCUUACAAAAUGGUCCCGUCCUUAUAAAUGCUCACGAUGAAAAUAAAGCAACCCCAAACAACAACAACAAUAAUAAUAAUAAUAAUGACAACAAUAAUAAUAAUAAUGACAAACAUUGGUUAGAAAUUUCUAGAGAACAUAUUAAAAAAGAAAUCGAUGAAAUAUGUAACUCACAAACAGAUAAUGAUGUUCGUUUUAACAUUAUUGCAGUUAUGAAAGAUAAAGAAUAUAUUAUUCAAGAAUUUAUAAAUAUACAUCGUAUACUUAAACAAAGAGUUAACAUUAAAUUAAUUGACCUUGGAGAAGAUAUUGAAUUGUCAGAUGAAAUUAAUGAAGACGAUUUUCCAUUAUUAAACGAUAUACCUUCAAUAGAAAACCUUCCAAACAAUAUAGAAACUUUAUAUAAUAUAGUAAAUAAAUCAAACUUAGAAAUUAAUUAUUUACUAUCAUUAUUACAUGAGCAAACAGAAAUUAAAAAAUUAUGGAAUAAAGAACUUACUUUUAAAUUUUUUAAUUUCUAUCCCUUCAUUAUGUCUUCUCUUAAUUUGUUGGCUAAGCACAAGAUAUUGAAAGAUGCUUAUCAAAAAGAAAAAGAAAAAAAUAAAACACACUCUUAA